ACGAAUGCGAUCCCGCUCCGUGUAAGAAUGGCGCCACGUGCAGCAACCUUCAGAAUGCGUACUCGUGCAAAUAUCAACGAAUGCGCACCUGCCCCGUGUAAGAACGGAGCAACGUGCACUAAUCUUCAGAACGCGUACUCGUGCACAUGCUCACCGGGCUGGCAAGGCAACAACUGUGAGCAUGAUAUCAACGAAUGCGCUCCCGCUCCGUGUAAGAAUGGCGCCACGUGCAGCAACCUUCAGAAUGCGUACUCGUGCAAGUGCGUACCUGGCUGGCACGGGAAAAACUGUGACCAGGAUAUCAACGAAUGCGCACCUGCCCCGUGUAAGAACGGAGCAACGUGCACUAAUCUUCAGAACGCGUACUCGUGCACAUGCUCACCGGGCUGGCAAGGCAACAACUGUGAGCAUGAUAUCAACGAAUGCGCUCCCGCUCCGUGUAAGAAUGGCGCCACGUGCAGCAACCUUCAGAAUGCAUACUCGUGCAAGUGUGUAGCUGGCUGGCAUGGGGAAAACUGUGACCAGGAUAUCAACGAAUGCGCACCUGCCUCGUGUAAGAACGGAGCAACGUGCACUAAUCUUCAGAACGCGUACUCGUGCACAUGCUCACCGGGCUGGCAAGGCAACAACUGUGAUCAUGGUAGUGCCCCUGAGUGGAAGAAGAUCUUUCAGACUCAACGUACGGCCAAAGUCAAUGACAACACGAAACUCUUCUGCAGGGUGAAAGGCAAGCCCCGUCCAUCCAUCGAGUGGUUUAAAAAUGGGGAAGCACUUGCGGAUGGCAACCGGGUACGGAUAACUAAGUAUGCCUUAGAGGUAAUGAACACUCAACUGUCGGACGCGGGAGAGUACGCGUGUAGGGCUUCCAAUCAACAUGGCGCGCUGUGGGGAAACAUGACACUCCGAGUUCUAAAUGAAAUGGAGCGGCUACCCUUACCGCCCAUCGUAGAUGAGAAAGAGAACCAGACGGCAAUACAGGGUGACAACGUCAGGUUUACCUGCAAGAUCAUGCGUAGUGACUCUCAAUACUUCCUACUGUGGUUCCAUUACUACAAGGUCAAUGACUCGUUCGUGAAUGAGAAGGGGAAACCUAUGUUCAAGUUGUUGCAGGUAGGCGAUCAGCGGAUGUGCCAAUAUUAUUAUUUGUUAGUGACAAUAAGUGUAAUAUUAUUUAAAGUUGCAUGUUUAACCAUUUAAGCUGAUUUUAUGGUAGAAGUGUAGUAACAUUUAGACUGAAUAAGAAAUACAUGAAUAUUCUAAAUAACUAAACAAAUACAUUGUGUUAAAUAUAUCUCCCGUAAAUAUCUUUUAAAUAAAACAAACAACUACAUCCUAUGAAUUUGGACAGAUCUAUAUGUUAGACAUGUCUCAUCUAUGCAUGACAUACAUAUUUUCUGAAAAAGAAAAAUACAAUGAAUGCUGUCAUAUGGAGUGACAGAGUAUCUUACUAGAUCUUUGGUUGGAAAAUUUUCCGAACUUAAGUUUAGUUCAUUACAAUAAGGUGGUUGUAUGAUUGGCGAGUAGCUACAUCGUGUUUAUCAGACCUUGUGAAGAAAAUGAGUAAAUGAAAAUGAUUAUUACGAUUUAGUUGAAUGAUUUUGUCUAUAACAGCAAGAUUUGAAAGAGAAAUAUAUCUGAAAAGAUAAAUGGA